GGUAGGAGGAUCCGGGAAUUGAUCCGACACCUCCAGUCAGUGCGCGUCCCUUGCCCCGGGCAGAGCGGUGCAGUGAGGGGGAUCAGGAAGCAGCAGGCCUCUCCUUCUUCUGUUUACAGGGAGUCAUCGGCCGACAGGAAGUGAAGAUCCCAGAAAGCAGCCAUUCUGACACAUGAAACCCCGCGCCCUGGCUGACUGUCCCGAAUGACAGCUGAAAUGGAGCUGUCCGGUCUGCUGGGCCUCCUGUUACUGCUGCACGUACCACAGAUCCGUGCAACUCAAGGUAUUUUACAUGCAGUUGACGGGGGAUCGAAUUCUGCGAAAGAUUAUUGCAUCACAUACAAUUCUUCAUGGACGUCACUCCCAACAUCUUACACCAAUGCUCUUUCCUUCAAGCUAGAAAAUGUAACCUCUGUCUGGCUGUGCAGCGAGUCGGAAUUACCUGUCGUUAGUCUGAAGGAUAAAGCCGUGGUGGUGAUGGUCGGCAAUUGCUCGAUUUUGGACAAAGCUGUGAUCGCUCAGAGCCGCAAUGCUAAAAUGUUGCUUGUGGCAAGUAAGGAAGGUCUGCCUCGUCCAACAGACAACAGGAGUGGAUAUGAAAGCCUUACAAUACCUAUUGCUUAUGUGAAAUAUGGAGAUAUCGUUGACAUGGCGCAGGAUGUUGGAAGGAAUAUUAAUGUGACAAUGUAUUCCCCAGCACCUCCAUUGUUUGAUUACAGCAUGUUGGUCAUAUUCCUUAUCUCUGUGUUCACCGUGGCACUCGGUGGCUACUGGAGUGGAGUAUCAGAGCUGGAAGACUUACGACCCUCCCAGAAUACAGGGGAAAAUGAAGGCGGAAAGAAGAAAGAUGACAAUGUGACAUUCACUUCUUUUACUGUUAUCCUGUUUGUUGUCAUAUGCUGUGUCAUGUUACUUCUUCUCUACUUCUUCUAUAAGUGGUUGGUGUAUGUUAUCAUUUGCGUCUUUUGCUUGGCAUCUGCCUUGAGUAUGUUCAACUGUCUCUCUGCAUUGAUCCAAUACAUCCCAUAUGGAAGAUGCAGAGUUUCAUGUUUUAGUAAAAGCGCAGAAGUGCGACUAGUCUUCCUGGCGGCUUUUUGUGUAGCUGUAUCUGUGAUUUGGGCAGUAUUUCGGAAUGAAGACAGGUGGAUUUGGAUACUUCAAGAUAUUCUUGGAAUUGCAUUCUGCCUUAACUUUAUUAAAACUUUAAGAAUGCCAAAUUUUAAGGCGUGUGUCAUUCUCCUAGGUCUCUUGCUUUUGUAUGAUGUAUUUUUUGUCUUUAUAACGCCAUUCAUCACAAAGAAUGGCCAGAGCAUCAUGAUUGAAGUGGCAGCUGGGCCGUCAGGAAGUACAGAAAAGAAUGGUGAGAACUAUGUGGAGGUCCCUGCUGACUCUCAAGCCACCUACGAGAAAUUACCAGUAGUUAUUAGGGUACCUAGGCUGGAGUAUUCUGCUGUUAAAUUAUGUGUGAUGCCUUUUUCAUUAUUGGGCUUUGGAGAUAUAAUUGUACCUGGCCUGUUGGUAGCAUAUUGCAGAAGAUUUGACGUACGAUUUACCUCUACUAGUACAUAUUACAUAUCCUGCACUAUAGGUUAUGCUGUGGGGAUGAUUUUGACUUUAGUAAUUCUGAUUGUAAUGAACAUGGGGCAGCCAGCCCUGCUGUAUCUCGUGCCUUGCACACUUCUCGCCAGUUCUCUCGUUGCCUGGAGAAGAAAGGAAAUGAAAAAGUUUUGGAAUGGCGGCUGCUAUGAGAUAAUGGAUCAAACAGAUAACACUGUUAGUGAAGAAAAUAUUAUACGAGACGAAGAACAAGAAGAACCAUGAUGUAACCGUUAUGCUGUGCAGUUAUUUUAUAUUGAAAUCCAUUAUUUCUGCUUGGUUUUAGAAUAUUUUCCUGAUUUUAUCCCAUUACAAAAUGUAAUCUGAAACAUUUUCUAGAAUUUUUUUGUAUCAUAUAUAAAUCUGAGGGAGGAUUGUAAUACUGUGAGAGAUUUUUCCAUUUAAUUGUGCCUUAUUUGACUUAGGAAAGGUCUUAAGAUCUAUGCACUCUGAAAGAAAAUGAUAUUGUAUUUCUUGCCUCUUCAUCUCUAGCAUUGGACCUGGAGUUCUUAAAGUGUACCGCCUGAUCAGUAUACAAAUAGCGUAAACUGACUCAGUGAUGUAAUGAAUACAGAUCUUUAACUAAAGGGGUUAUCUGGCAAAUAAAUGUUGCUAACCUGUUCUCAGGAUACGCCAUCAAUGUCUGAUCGGUGGAUGUCCAAAUCCUAGCACCCCUGCUGUAAGCUUUUUAAAGGGGCUGCAAGGCUCUAAGCAACGCUGCAGCCUCUUCAUAGUGUACAUUGUACAGCGGUUGUGCUUGGUAUUGCAGCUCAAAAGCAUUCAUUUGAAUGGGACUGAGAUACACAAAAGCCAGGUGAACGACGGAAGGUUGGACUCCCAACAAUCAGAUAUUAAUGGCAUACACUGAGUAUAGGUGAUCAUGUAUUUUAAAUCCUGGAAACCCCCUUUAACAUAUUCUGGUGACUUUCAGUAAAUAUUGUGUUGUGCAUGAACUGCAAAAAUCUAGACGUAGCGUGCCCACUGUCUUCGUUAUUCAGUAAAUGGGGCUUGCCAGAAUGCAAUUAUUAACUCCUACAUAAAAACUGAUUAUGAUGCCUUGAUGAUAGCGCACACUGUUUCUAGAUUUCUGCCGCAGCACUGAGCACAGGAGAUCAGUGAUACAGGAGCAUUUAACAGCAGAAUGAAAAAGUUACGGAGAAUUAAACUUUUUAGUUGUCUCAUUUUUUUGCACACUUUAAAGGGGUUUUCUAGGAUUAGUAAAACAUGGACGUCUUCUUCAAAAAGCAGCACCACACCUGUCCAUAGCUUAUGUGUGGUAUUGCAAAUAAGCCCCAUUCGCUUCAAUGGAGCAAAGAGGCAGUGCCAGACACAACCUGUUUCUGGAAGAAAGCAGCCAUGUUUUUGUAAUCCUGGACAAAUCCUUUAAGCAACAACAUUGUCUAAGCCUUCACUAUAAUGUACUUGUAUGUGUGUACCUUCUGCUUAAAUAGUUGUGCCAUGAUGAACUUCUUUCCAUCAAGCAGACCGUUUUUACAUUAUCCUUGCUGUGAUUCUGUUUAUCUGAUUUGUAUUUUAGAUGCUGUAUGUUGUGCGCUGCAAUACUUCACGACUAUUGCUGUUCAUGGAAAGUUAAAGGCAACGUGUUGGCAUAUUUAUGCUGCCCUCUCUGAGUAAUAUGAAGUAGUGUCAGGCAUGCUGAUUUCAGCGGUGUGCCCCUUAGUGUUGGCUGUGUUGGAAACAUGCAGAUUAUUAGUUGGAGCACAAUGCCAGCGUGAGCUAUGGGCUUCCCUCUCGCCCAUCUGCCACUGAUUGGCAUCUUUUUCAGGCUUCAUACACACCACCGUGUACAUUUUGCGGUCAUGUGCAUGAGGCCUCACUAUUCACAAUAAUUGGAAGAAAGCUGUCAAUUCACGUCAGGGGAGUCCACAGCUCAUGAAGUUUUCAUGUUGGCGUUUGCACCCCUGCAGUUAACUGCUGUUCCCUAAGGUAAGCUAGGCUCGCUUCCUUUUCACCUCAGUACAGUCUCCGUAGACCUACCUACUUCUUCUUGGGCUGUCUUCUUGAGUCUUGCCUAUAGAUGGUG